CCUUGUUGGAGUAAACACGAACCGUGCGUGGCGGCAGCCCUGAUGAGAGAGUGGCUCUGAAAAGUGCUAAGUGAUCGUGAAGCGAGUUUUCAGUGAACAUUUUGUUGCUACCUUCAGAUCGUUGAUAAAAAAAAAAUCAUUCAUUAGCCGGAGUGUGAGUGUACGAGCCUGGCCUGCUGUGAUUUUAAAUUGUGAAGCGUUUCCUAGAAACAUUAAACAUUACUGAGCCAGCGCAUGCUGCAAUUGGUGAGUGAUCGGUCCAAGUUCUAACCUGUGCACCCAAAUCAACACAAUCACAAUUGACGAUUUAAAGCUCACAUGUGUAAGCAGCGAAUAAGUGUGGCAGCCUGAGAACUUCACAACACCUGUAUUGCAUGCAUGUAACGAUCAACAAACAUUUGAAAGUCCCACGAUUAUUAUUGUUAUCAACGAGACUGGAGCCAUUCAACAGAGUUUGCGCUUUAGAACCGGUUGAAGCUUUCCAAAGAAAAAAAAAUCCGUUCUAGUUGGUGAGGCGUGCGUGUGUGAACUUGGCAAUCUAGCAAUCGGCACAGCAAGGUGCCUGUCAGUUUAAACGCCCAUAGUAGCCACCAUAAAGCUACCAGCGGGUGGUGGUAGAUUGAUCCAGAUACAUUAGAUCGUGUGCAAGUGGCUCAAUAAGGCUCUGCCGCGCGCUCGGGGGUGAGAUAAAAAAAUAGUGACAACAGGAAUUGAACGAUUGCACACCAUGAAUAUCAAGGUCACGGUGCUCGUACCACUGCUGGUGGUGUCAACGUUCUGUGCCAGCCCGGCCCUUGGUGGUCUACUGAGGACGCCGAAGGUCUACAAUGCAGUCAUAACGACUGACGAGAAUUUGACCCCGAGCCGAGCCUAUCCCGUGGUGCAACCGGUGCUACAUGAUGCAGGCCUACCCUAUCCAUUCGGUGCGUUCGGACCGUUCGGGCUGUACAAUGCAUUCAACUCGUACCCUGGAUUCUACCAGCCGCAGUCAGCUGGAUCCGCCGGAGCGAGCGUUGCUCAGCAGGUGCAGGCCAGAAACAAUGCGUACUAUGCGCAAAGGAAUCCGGAACCACAACUUCACGAUGCACCAAUCGAGACCCUCCCCGGUGCCAGACCAUUCCCGGAAACGAACCUUCCACUGCGAGAAGCCCCAAUACCGGAACUCAUUCCUGAACCAAACAACAGCAUCGCACCCAAAGCUCCCGAAGGUCUUCGACCAAACUACGAAGCUCGUCCAGCUGAUCAAAAGACCCCUCUGCAGCUGAACGAAUUCGGUCUCCCUCCUAGUUUGAUUCCGCUGUCCUCCUACAAUGGAAACAUUCAAAGUCCCCAGCCUUAUAGCCUACCUGGCUACCCUUAUAAUUUCCCUGUUUUGUACGAUUCCUUCGGCAAUUACAACCCCACUCAAUACCAGUCCGUCCUUCCUCCAUUCGGAUACUUCCCUCAGCUAGCCCAGCCUAAUCCCUACUUCGCUCAAAAUGCUCCACCAAACGGUCCACUGAAUAACGCCGUCGAUCCUCAGCAAGUCAAUCGCAGCGGACGUGAACAAGAUCUUCCCGAACCUACCAAAGAAGAUCUGCAGAGCGCAACCGACAGCAAAGAAGCGACGCCUGAAACCGAACCCGAAGCGGAUGCGGAAGCUACCGAAGCCACGAAAACCGAAGAUAGCACCACUGUGCAAAAUAUUCCCAACAGCAUCAAGAACAAUGCCAACAAAAAUAAGGAUAUCCCAGAUGUCCCACCGCCACCAAUUCCAUCCGGUGCGAAGGAUGCCGAUCAGUGAAUGAUCAGAUAUUAUUAGGUUUAAUUACGCGAACACGUGGGCUCGUACACGCGUUUUACAUUUGUAGGAUACUCAUUGUUCAUCAAUCGUUUUGAUAAUAAAAUUUGUUGUAUAAGUAGGAUA